AUGUCACGGCUACUCCCGCCUGCUAAAACCCUCCUGCUCUCUCCCUUCCCGGCGUUCUCGCCGCCACCGCCUCCUCAUCCUUUUCCUCUUCCUCGCAUCCACGUCCGUACAUCAGCUGGGAGAGGCGCUGCGGCAGAGAACGCGGCAGCGUCCGGGACGACGGCGAGGGAGCGGCGGCUGGUCAAGGUGCGGGAGGAGCGCCGCCGCCGCGAGUACGACCGGGAGCACACCUACCCCGGAUGGGCCAAGGUUCUGGAGAACGCCUGCAGAGACGAUGAGGAGCUCCGCGCCAUUCUCGGUGAUAGCAUCGGCAACCCGGAGCUCAUGAAGCAAAGGAUCCAAGAAAGGGUGCGCAAGAAAGGCAGGGCUCAAUUCAACAAGUCCAAGACAGGCUCCAUUGUUGCUUUUAAAGUCAGCUUCCGAGACUUCAACCUGUUGAAUUCAUUCAUUUGGUUUGAGCUCUUUGGAGAACCAACAGAUCGAGAUGUUGACCUGCUUGGCGGUGUAAUUCAGGCUUGGUACGUCAUGGGAAGGCUAGGAGCUUAUAAUUCUUCAAAUUUGCAGCUGGCCAACUCAAUGAUGGACUAUGACCCUUCAUAUGAUUCUGAAGAAGCUUCCUCAGUAAUGCCAUCAUCUUUCCAUGAUAUCAGCGAUGUCGAGUUCCAAGACAAUUGGGCCAGGGUUUGGGUGGACCUUGGAACCUCGGAUUACCUUGGCUUGGAUGUAUUACUAAACUGCUUGACACAGUUGAGCUCAGAGCACUUGGGUAUCAAACAAGUGGUUUUUGGAGGCAAUAAAAUGGGUUACUGGGAAGAGGGCAUGACGAGCUCAGAUUAUGGAUACAAGCAUUUCAAGAUAUGA